AUGGGCCUUGCACGAUGCGCCUCUGUUGUUCUUAAGAUGAGGCCCAAGGCCGUAUGCUGUCGACCGAGUAACGUUCACAGCAGUCGUCUAGACUCGUGGCCCGGUCGCUCGUCCAUCCAUCACGUCGCGACUAUGGCUUUCAGCCACGUGACGCUGCUGAGACUGCACAUCGUGCUGCACAGCAACCCUUAG